AUGAAGCUCCCCCCCUUCGCCCUCACGGGUCUGGCUGCGCUUGCCGUGGCUACACCCAGUGCAUCCAAGUCUCCAGGUGACGGUGUGGCUAUUGGCUACAACAACGACAGCAAAUUCACGUAUCACUGCGAACGCGAUGUCACCGUCGCGCGCUGCGCCGUUGAUGGUGGUUGCUCCACCAUCGAGAAGUGCACCACCAAAUGCGUCGAAGGUGUAGCUGGUGCCGAAUGCGUCUCUGGUGAGAUGAAGGAGAAGCGUGAGAUUACUCGUGCUGCCAUGAAGCCGGGUGACUACCUGGAUCUUCCUCCUAGCAGAUACGACUGCAAAGGCAACGACAUUUACCACUAUAACGAUGAUCAGCCUGACUACGCUGGCGAUCUCGUAGAGCAUUGCCCCCAGGGGUGCUUCGAACUCCCCCAUGGCGCGGCUUGCGUCGACCGAGCUCCUCCUUCUAUUAGGCAAACAGAUGAGGGCACGGCUAACGCCGUCAACACCAACGCGAAAGGCAAAUACAAGGAGUGUACCUCUGAUCGUCGAGGUGUCCGCACAUGCGAGUUCGGCUUCUGCUACGUUGAACCUGGCGCUUGGUGCCGGCUGAAUGCUUCAUGCCGCGACGACUGCAGGUGCUGUAAGAAAGAUAAGCUUCUUUCCCGACGUAGGGAUGCUGUCGAGGCGUCUAGGAACAUUAUCGAGAUUGACCAGCAACAUGAGCUCGAAUCCUCCCCGCGCGUCCGUGAUGCUCCUGCCCCUUCACCCGACGUCGCGCCCGAUAUGACCAAUCCACCAGAUGGAGGUGCACAAUUCCCUCCCAGCACCAUGUCUCAAUCGCCCUGA